AUGUCUGCUGCUGCCCCCACCCACCUCCACAAGUGCUCCGACACUCCCGUGGCCCCCGUCAAGACCACCGUCCACUUCUCCAUCACCGACAAGGUCGGUGCCCUCGACGACUGCCUCGCCGCCAUCAAGGCCAUGCACAUUUCCCUCACCCGCAUCGAGUCGCGCCCAAGCAAGACUUCCGAGUGGGAUUACGACUUUUUCGUCGACUUCAACGCCGUCGAUGCUGACCAGGUCCGCCAGGUCGCAAAGUCUCUUGAGCCCUUUGCCAAGCAGGUCCACAUUGUUGGUGCGGCCGGUGCUGGCGAGUUGCCCGAGUCGACCCCUUGGUUCCCCCGCAAGAUGGUCGACCUCGACACCUUUGCUGACAAAGUCCUCGAGAUGGGUGAGGAGCUCGAUUCUGACCACCCCGGUGCCAAGGAUGCCUCCUACCGUGCCCGCCGUGCUGAGAUCACCAUGAUUGCCAAGACCUACAAGACCGGCCAGCCCAUUCCCAACAUCGAUUACACCCAGGUCGAGAUCGAAACCUGGGCUGCUGUCUUUGACAAGCUUACUGGCAUGUUCCCUACCCAUGCCUGCCGUGAGCACCAGCACGUCUUCCCUCUCUUGAUCCAGAACUGUGGUUAUGGCACCCACGCCAUUCCCCAGCUGGAGGUUGUCUCCAAGUUCUUGAAGGACUGCACCGGUUUCACUCUGCGCCCCGUCAUGGGUCUGUUGACCAGCCGUGAUUUCCUCAACGGCCUUGCCUUCCGUGUUUUCCAUUCGACCCAGUAUAUCCGCCAUCACUCUAGCCCCCUGUACACUCCCGAGCCCGAUGUCUGCCACGAAUUGUUGGGACACGUCCCCCUGUUUGCCAACCCUGACUUUGCGGAUUUCUCCCAGGAGAUUGGUUUGGCUUCCUUGGGUGCGAGCGACGAGGAUAUUGAGCGUCUGGCCACGAUUUACUGGUUCACGGUCGAGUUUGGAAUCUGUCGUCAGGGCGACCAGAUCCGUGCCUAUGGUGCUGGUCUUUUGUCGUCCUUCGGAGAACUGGAAUACUGCCUGAGCGACAAGCCUGAGAUCCGUGCCUUUGAGCCUGCCAAGGUUGCCCAGCAAAAGUAUCCCAUUACCGAGUACCAGCCCGUUUACUUUGUUGCCGAGUCGUUCAAGGAUGCCCAGAUGCGUGUCCGUGAGUUCGCCAACUCUUGCGACCGCCCCUUCUCCGUCCGCUACAACGCCUACACCGAGAGUAUUGAGAUCCUGGACUCGAAGGAGAAGGUCAUCCGCUAUGCCCAGAGCAUCAAGACUGACAUGUUGACCUUGGUCGAUGCCUUGCAGAAGUUGUCUUAA